UGUCUCUCCAGAUUUGCAAUGAUAAGCAUGUUGGCUGGAAAUGGCUCCUUGGUGACUGAGUUUGUUCUUGCUGGGUUGACAGAUCAUCCAGAGCUCCAGCUGCCCCUCUUUUAUCUGUUUCUAAUGAUCUAUAUUGUUACAGUAGUGGGAAACUUUGGCUUGGUCACCCUGAUUAGCCUCAAUCCUCACCUGCACACCCCCAUGUACUAUUUUCUCUUCAAACUCUCCUUCAUUGAUCUCUGCUACUCUUUUGUCUUCAGUCCAAAAAUGCUGAUGAACUUUGUCUCUAAGAAGAAUAACAUCUCUUAUGCUGGGUGCAUGACUCAGCUGUUUUUCCUUCUCUUUUUUGUCAUCUCUGAAGGCUACAUGUUGAUAAUGGCCUAUGAUCGAUAUGUGGCCAUAUGUAAUCCAUUGCUGUAUAAUGUUACCAUGUCCCCUCAGGUAUGUUCUGUGUUAUCUUCUGCUUCUUAUGGUAUGGCAUUUGCUGAAGCCUCUGCCCACACAGGGUGCAUGCUCAGACUGACCUUUUGCAAUGACAAUGUCAUCAAUCAUUACUUGUGUGACAUUCUGCCCCUCCUCCAACUUUCUUGCACCAGCACCUUUGUCAACAAGGUUGUAGUUCUCAUAGUUGUGGGUAUUAACAUCACAGUCCCCAGCUUUACCAUCCUCAUUUCCUAUGUUUUGAUUCUUGCCAACAUUCUCAAUAUCAAAUCCACACAAGGAAAAUCAAAAGCCUUCAGUACCAGUAGUUCUCAUGUCAUGGCCAUUUCUUUGUUUUUCGGAUCAGGAGCAUUCAUGUACCUCAAUCGUUCUGAAUCUAUGGAGCAGGGAAAAGUUUCUUCAGUUUUCUACACUAAUAUGGUUCCCAUGCUCAACCCUCUGAUCUACAGCUUGAGGAACAAGGAUGUCAAAAUAGCAUUGAAGAAAGUUGUGAUAAAAGUUCAUAGCAGAUUCAUAUCCUAA